CGGUCGCCAAUUCGUUCCCCCUCCCAAAAAAACUCCAUCUCCAUCUCCGAUUCUCUCUCGUUGUUCUGCCAUUUUUCUUCACUCACUUGUGUUUGACCCCCAAAGUAGCUAGGGUUUCUUUAUUGCCAAGAUCAUUAAAACACACACACACAUACAUAUGAUGGAGAUAAUGUCGAGCUUCGAUCACGAUAAUCGAAAUCCAAGGGUUUUGAUGCACAACGCACUCAUUGUUCGACGCUUAUCGUUUUCAUAUCACAAGCUUCCUAAACAGCUUCUCAAGUUAUCUGUUCUGAAAUUAGAUGGUUCUUCCUUUGGCGUCGAGGUUUCUAUGAAUGCUACCGUAGCAGAUCUUAAACUCGUAUUAGAGGAGUUUUUUCGCUUCUUGCCUAAGGAGAAGAGAUGCAUUGUUUCCUGGUCACAUGUAUGGGGGCAUUUUUGUCUGUGCUAUAAAGGCCAAAAGCUGUUGAAUGAUAAAGCAUAUAUAAGAAGACUUGGAAUCAAAGAUGGUGAUCAGAUUAAAUUUGUACGACAUGUUACAAUCAACUAUCGACCAACAAGACAACAAAUGAUCAAGAAUCAAAGUGAUGAGUUGAAACAACCUUCAAUGUCAAGUGAUGAUGCCAGAAACUGUGAUUCUAUUGAAGAAGAUGAUGAAGGGGAGUCGGUGUUCAUUCAUGGCUCUAAAGUGGCAAAUUUCUUGAAAGGUUGGUUUUCAUACAGGAAAUUUCGUAAUAGUAUUGUAUGAUGAUGAUCCAAAUAGGUAGGUGAAUUUUUUUUUUUUAGAAUGUUGUAAAUUUAGGAAUUAAGAUGGUGGAUCACCUUUUUUUUUGGAAUAUAGUUUUAAAAUCAACGAUUUAAGAGUUAGUGUUGCG